AUGGCGGAUUACACUUACGGAGGCUCCGAGGAGGAGAACGCGGAGUUGAAAAAGCUCGAGGUUGACUUGGCCGAUGACCCCGAUAACUUCGAGACCUGGGAAAAGCUGGUUCGCGCCGGAGAGGCGCUCGAAGGUGGCAUCAACCGCAAUUCCAACCCUCAAGCCAUCACAACCGUACGAAGCGUGUACGAUCGAUUCCUCGCCAAGUUCCCGUUGCUCUUUGGAUAUUGGAAGAAAUAUGCGGAUCUGGAAUUCUCUAUCACGGGAACCGAGGCAGCAGAUAUGGUCUACGAACGAGGCGUCGCUAGUAUCUCGCCGUCAGUCGACCUCUGGACCAACUACUGUUCCUUCAAAGCCGAAACCUCCCAUGACCCUGACAUCAUUCGAGAGCUUUUUGAGCGAGGGGCGAAAUGUGUUGGUCUAGACUUCCUUGCCCAUCCGUUCUGGGAUAAGUAUAUCGAGUACGAGGAGCGCGUGGAAUCCUUUGAUAAGAUCUUCGAGAUCCUUGGCCGUGUCAUCCAUAUUCCCAUGCACCAGUAUGCUCGGUACUUUGAACGGUAUCGCCAGAUGGCUCAAACCCGACCAGUGGCAGAGCUUGCAUCCCCCGAGAUAUUGUCCCAGUACCGUGCCGAGAUCGAAGCGGCUUCUGCGCAUAUCCCCCCAGGUGCCAAGGUCGAAGCUGAAAUUGAAAGAGACAUCCGGUUGCGUGUUGACGGUCAUCACCUUGAAAUCUUCUCCAAGACACAGACAGAGACGACGAAACGGUGGACCUACGAAUCGGAGAUCAAGCGGCCAUACUUCCAUGUGACUGAGCUGGAUGAGGGACAGUUGUCGAACUGGAAGAAGUAUCUCGACUUCGAAGAGAGCGAAGGAUCGUACCCUCGCACCCAGUUCUUGUACGAACGGUGUCUGGUGACAUGUGCCCACUAUGACGAAUUCUGGCAACGGUACGCUCGCUGGAUGGCCGCCCAGCCCAACAAGGAGGAAGAAGUGCGAAGCAUUUAUCAGCGCGCAAGUUGCUUGUAUGUCCCCAUCGCGAACCCCGCUACCCGUCUUCAGUACGCAUAUUUCGAGGAGAUGGCAGGCCGUGUGGAUGUGGCAAAAGACAUCCACGAAGCCAUCCUCAUCCAUCUCCCGAACCACAUCGAGACGAUCGUCUCGUUGGCCAACACCAGCCGUCGCCACGGAGGUCUCGACGCAGCAAUUGAAGUAUACAAGACCGAGCUUGACUCGCCGCAAUGCGACAUGGCCACCAAGGCCGCUCUUGUUGCCGAAUGGGCCCGCCUCCUUUGGAAGAUCAAGGGCUCGCCCGAAGAGGCUAGGCAAGUCUUCCAAGGAAACCAACAGUACUACCUGGACAGCCGGGCGUUCUGGUCCAGCUAUCUCACAUUUGAACUGGAUCAGCCGACAAGUGCUGCUACCGAGUCGGUCCAAUAUGAACGUAUCAAGCAGGUCGUUGAGGAUAUCCGGUCCAAGAGUGCUCUUUCGACCGAGGUGGUGAAGGAACUCGUCCAGAUCUACAUGACUUACCUUCUCGAGCGAGGCACUAAUGAUGCGGCCAAGGAGUAUAUGACCCUGGACCGUGAAGUCCAUGGCCCUGCCUCUGUGGCUACGACAAGGACCGGUGGCGCGGCACAACCUGCCCCUCAGAAUGCUGGCCAAGUAACCCCUGCGGCACCAACCCCUGUCGCACCCGUUACACCGGCCACGCCCGUUGUGCCUGUGCCUGAUCCUGCCGCUGCCGCUGCAGCAAAUGCAUAUGCUUAUUACCAACAGGCUCCGGUCAACGGCGGCAUGGGCAUCUAA